AUGCAAGAAUUGAAUGAUUUAAAGUUUUUAACAAAUUCAAACUAUUUUCACUGUUUAAGCGAUUUAAACAAAUUAGACAAUUAUUAUCAAAUGAACAAUAGCAGUGUAUUUAAUGUUAAUAAACAUAAUCAAGCUAAUGAAGACAUACCUGUGACCAUAUUUCCAUCUAAAUACAUUAAUUCAGAUGAAUUUUUCAAAGAAACAUUAAAACUUGGUCAAUCCUCAUCAGAGUUAACUACGUCUGAGUCCAUUCAAACUUACUUAAUGAAUACAGCUCUAUGGAAUGCAUUAAAUUUAGAUCAAUUUAAACAACAAUGUUAUAAUCCAAAUGAACAUACACUGAAUGAAAAAAACUUAUCUCAACAGAUAAAUAUCGAUACAGUUAAAGACUUUACAAACUAUAAUUUUGAAAAACGUAGGAAAUUAAAUGAGCAUUAUCCAUCUUCUAGUCUUAAUUCUUAUUAUUUGGAUUCAAAUUAUGAUAAUAAAACUGAAUAUCAGUUAGAAAAACAGAUACAUCAAACAGUUCAUGAUCAGUAUGAAAAUCAACCAUUGAAUAAUAUAAAUAAUUAUACUGGUAAAUAUAUGAGCAAUUCACAAGUAAACAAUAGUACCAAUAAUGAUACUUUGGAGAAAUAUCAAUCGGCAUCAAUACAAAAAAUGACUGAUGGUAUGUGA